CAUCAUAUGUGGAUGUGAUGUGGGGGUCCUCCACAGUCAAAGUCUUGGACUUGGACUUCUUGUUUUGCGGUGAAGUGAUGGAGUUUAUUUCAGAGUCGCUGUUUUUUGAGGAAAGUUUGAUUCAGUUUCGAACAGUAAACGAAGCGGGACGCUGCAGCUCAUCGUGAUGGAUGAAACACUGCAUGCGUGCAUCAGGGACGACAAAUAACUGGAAGCCUAUUAAGAAACGCAUCCAGCCACACCUACGUCCAAGAAUGAGGAUCAAAUACACAAUACCCAUCGUCUUUUUCCUGGCACUCGUUGUCAUUGAGAAGGAAAACAACAUUAUCUCGAGGGUCUCAGGUAAGCUCACCUUAAAGCAGAGUACCCAGAUCCCACUACAUCCCAUUGGUCCCUUCCAUACGUUGCUAAAGCAGAAUGGUUCUUCUAAAACUUUCAAGAAGAAGGACUUCAUGCUGAUGAAGCGGCGCCUGGAGAACUAUGGCGAGCACCAGGAGGUGAUGUCAAGCCAAAGGAAACACAUCCUCCUGUUGGCCACCACCAGGACAGGCUCCUCAUUUGUUGGCGAGUUCUUCAACCAGUAUGGUGACAACAUGUUUUACCUGUUUGAGCCACUAUGGCACGUGGAGAAGAUGCUGACAUUGGAGACCGGAGGUACCAAUGCCACAGUGGCAGCCAAGGCAUACCGAGAUGUGCUUCAGCACCUCUUCCUGUGUGAUUUUUCCCUGCUGGAGAACUUCAUCAACCCAGUUCCUGUGGAUCACAUCACCGCCGCACUCUUCCGCAGGGAGUCCAGCAGCUCCCUAUGUGAAAAGUCGGUCUGUAGUCCUUUUGUUAAAGGGGUCUUUGAGCGCUAUCACUGCAAGACCAGGCGUUGUGGGCCACUGAAUCUGACCAUGGCCUCAGAUUCCUGCCUUCAAAAGGCUCAUCGGGUCAUUAAGUCAGUGCGGGUACGCCAGCUGGAAACCCUCCGUCCACUCGCUGAGGACCCACGGCUUAACGUGAAGUUUAUUCAGUUGGUUCGGGAUCCUCGUGCUGUACUCGCUUCGCGCAUGGUGGCCUUUGCAGCCAAGUACAAGAACUGGAAACAGUGGACGAUGGAUGGAGAUGUUCCUAUUGAUGACGACGAGGUGAGGAAGCUUAAAGGAAACUGUGAAAACAUCAGACUGUCAGCUGAAACCGGCCUCAGACAGCCAUCGUGGUUGCGCAGCCGCUACAUGCUGGUGCGUUACGAGGACAUUGCUCGAUUCCCAAUGAGGAAGGCAAUGGAGAUGUACAAGUUUAUCAAAAUGCCGCUCACUCCGAAAGUGAAAUCCUGGAUCCUAAAGAACACGCAGGCGUCUAAGGAGGCCAGCGGCGUGUAUUCUACGCAGAAGAAUUCCUCUGAACAAGUAGAGAAGUGGAGGUUCAACCUGCCUUUCAAAAUAGCCCAGGUUGUCCAGAAUGUUUGUGGGUCAACACUGAAGCUUUUUGGGUACAAAUCUGUAAGUAGUGAAGAAAUGCUCAUGGACAAAACUAUUAGUCUGAUAGAGGAUAAAGUCUUCAAGUUUUUAUAGACUUUGAUCAACAUGAACCCUGAAACAGAAACAACCAACGACAGAAAACUCUGGAAUAAUUGAUAUUUAUUAUGAUUUUAUAUCUUUAAACAGAGAACUAUAUAUUUUCUGACAGUGUACUAUUUAAAAAUUGUU